GCGUCACGCUCACACGUCGCGAGUACAAUUUUUGUGUGGACGUCCAGUGUGUGGCUGUUGUGGGAAAAGCUGAAGAAAAUUGCAUUUUUUGCAUAAUGCGCGGCGUGAAAAGCUAACAAAAGUUGUGCUAAAUCAAAAUUCGAUAGUCUGGCCACGGUUUGUGCAUAAGAGCGGGCGGCGCGAACGUGUUUGGUGCACAAAAACCACGUCUCGAAAAAGUUAAGAAUUCUACGUGCACACAUUUUUUUGGCUGCCAUAUAUAAAAAAAACGCAUACAAACGCAUUUUCUUGCUGUAUAUGCGGAGGAGCACACACACACACACAGAGCGACAGACACGCAUACAAUUGCACUCACGAGAUAUGCGAGCAUAAAGAAGAAUUUUUUCUUAGUUGUAUUACAAGAGCAUUAGAUACAUAUAUAAGUAUAUAAAUAUACAUAUAUACACGCCUAGGUGUGUACAUAAAAGAUACAUACAUAUAAAAUUAAACGAAAGCUGUGCCUACAUUUGUGUUCUUUUCCAAUACUAAAAUAACAACAACAAACAAUAAUAAUAAUAAUAAUAAUAAUCAUACGAGUAAUAUAAAUAAAAUAAUGCAAGUCGAGCGAGAGACAGCGACAAGAUAACACACCCACUUGUCUGCUGAUAAUUCCAAUUUAUAUAUAAUAAGCCUACGCCACGCCCACGCGCAACUACAACAACAACAACAAAAAACAAAACAAAUGCAAAAUCAACCAAACGAAUAAAACUUUAAACUACUUUAAAGUGUGAUAAGCAAAAGGCUGAAAUCAAAAACAAAAUAAUUAGUAGAAAACCAAAAGCAAAGGCAACAACAAAUACAACAACAACAACAAAGAAACCAACAAUCAAUUACAUUUUACACCAAAACACGAAAAGCAAACACGAGCCAACAUUUUUUACAUUAAUUAUUUUUCUUAAACCAAAACCUAACUUAGUGCAAAAACAUGUAUCCAGUUGGACAACAGUCACAGUGGACCCCCUCGCCCACUCGGCCUCAGAGUCCCUCUCAGGCGCAGACUAGCUUCGACACGCUCACAUCACCACCAGCGCCCGGCUCGUCGGUCAAUCCCACCGCCGUCACCAGCCCAAGUGCCCAGAAUGUGGCCGCUGGUGGAGCAACUGUGGCCGGUGCAGCAGCAACUGCCGCCCAGGUGGCCUCCGCCUUGGGUGCCACCACCGGCAGCGUGACGCCAGCAAUUGCCACCGCCACGCCAGCCACGCAGCCGGACAUGCCGGUCUUCACGUGUCCACGUCGCCCGAAUCUCGGACGAGAGGGUCGCCCGAUUGUGCUGCGCGCCAAUCACUUCCAGGUGACAAUGCCGCGUGGCUAUGUGCAUCACUAUGACAUCAAUAUACAGCCGGACAAGUGUCCGCGAAAGGUGAACCGCGAGAUUAUCGAGACCAUGGUGCAUGCCUAUAGCAAGAUCUUCGGAGUGCUCAAGCCUGUGUUCGAUGGUCGCAACAAUCUGUACACACGCGAUCCCCUGCCCAUUGGCAACGAGCGUCUGGAGCUGGAGGUUACUCUACCCGGCGAGGGCAAGGAUCGAAUCUUUCGCGUGACGAUCAAGUGGCAGGCUCAGGUCUCGCUCUUCAAUUUGGAGGAAGCUCUCGAAGGCCGCACGCGGCAGAUACCUUAUGAUGCCAUUUUGGCGCUCGAUGUGGUCAUGCGCCAUCUGCCCAGCAUGACGUACACGCCAGUGGGACGCAGCUUCUUCAGUUCCCCGGAGGGUUACUACCAUCCGCUGGGUGGUGGACGCGAAGUUUGGUUCGGUUUCCAUCAGAGCGUAAGGCCCUCGCAGUGGAAGAUGAUGCUCAAUAUCGAUGUCUCGGCCACCGCUUUCUACAAGGCUCAACCAGUCAUUGACUUCAUGUGCGAGGUGCUGGACAUUCGCGACAUCAACGAGCAGCGAAAACCGCUCACCGAUUCGCAGCGCGUCAAGUUCACCAAGGAGAUCAAGGGUCUCAAGAUCGAGAUCACCCACUGCGGCCAGAUGCGUCGCAAGUAUCGUGUGUGCAACGUCACUCGCCGCCCCGCUCAGAUGCAAUCAUUCCCACUGCAGCUGGAGAACGGACAGACCGUAGAGUGCACCGUGGCCAAGUACUUCCUGGACAAGUACCGCAUGAAGUUGCGCUACCCGCACUUGCCCUGCCUGCAGGUUGGCCAAGAGCACAAGCACACUUACCUGCCUCUGGAGGUAUGCAACAUUGUGGCCGGACAGCGGUGCAUCAAGAAGCUGACCGAUAUGCAGACGUCGACCAUGAUCAAGGCCACAGCUCGUUCUGCUCCGGAUCGCGAGCGUGAGAUUAACAACUUGGUUAAGCGCGCCGACUUCAACAACGAUUCGUAUGUGCAGGAGUUUGGCCUGACCAUCUCCAAUUCGAUGAUGGAGGUACGAGGACGCGUCUUGCCGCCUCCCAAGCUUCAGUAUGGGGGACGUGUGUCCACCGGCCUCACCGGCCAGCAGCUGUUCCCGCCACAGAACAAGGUGAGCUUGGCCUCGCCCAACCAGGGUGUAUGGGAUAUGCGCGGCAAGCAGUUCUUCACUGGCGUCGAGAUCCGCAUCUGGGCCAUCGCCUGUUUCGCCCCACAGCGCACGGUGCGCGAGGAUGCGCUGCGUAAUUUCACCCAGCAGCUGCAGAAGAUCUCAAACGAUGCCGGCAUGCCGAUAAUUGGACAGCCGUGCUUCUGCAAGUACGCCACCGGGCCGGAUCAAGUGGAACCCAUGUUCCGUUACCUGAAGAUCACCUUCCCAGGGCUGCAGCUCGUCGUGGUUGUGCUGCCCGGCAAGACUCCGGUGUACGCCGAGGUGAAGCGUGUGGGUGACACCGUUCUGGGCAUGGCCACCCAGUGUGUGCAGGCCAAGAACGUGAACAAGACGUCGCCACAGACGCUCUCUAAUCUGUGUCUGAAGAUCAACGUCAAGUUGGGCGGCAUCAAUUCAAUUCUGGUCCCCUCUAUUCGGCCAAAGGUCUUCAAUGAGCCGGUCAUCUUUUUGGGUGCCGAUGUGACACACCCACCAGCUGGCGACAACAAGAAACCAUCGAUUGCCGCCGUCGUGGGCUCCAUGGAUGCCCAUCCAUCGCGCUAUGCCGCCACCGUUCGCGUACAGCAGCACCGACAGGAGAUCAUCCAGGAGCUGAGCAGCAUGGUGCGCGAGCUGUUGAUCAUGUUCUACAAGUCGACGGGCGGCUACAAGCCCCACCGCAUCAUACUCUAUCGUGACGGAGUCUCCGAGGGACAAUUCCCACAUGUCCUGCAACACGAAUUGACCGCCAUUCGAGAGGCCUGCAUCAAGCUGGAGCCAGAAUAUCGGCCGGGCAUCACAUUCAUCGUGGUGCAGAAGCGCCAUCACACUCGACUCUUCUGCGCGGAGAAGAAGGAGCAGAGCGGCAAGUCGGGCAAUAUUCCCGCAGGCACCACAGUCGAUGUGGGCAUCACACAUCCCACCGAAUUCGAUUUCUAUCUGUGCAGCCAUCAGGGCAUCCAGGGCACCAGUCGCCCCUCGCACUACCACGUUCUGUGGGACGACAAUCACUUUGACUCGGACGAGCUGCAGUGCCUCACGUAUCAGCUAUGCCAUACGUACGUGCGCUGCACCCGAUCCGUCAGUAUACCGGCGCCAGCCUACUACGCCCAUCUAGUGGCCUUCCGUGCCAGAUACCAUCUGGUGGAGAAGGAGCACGAUUCGGGCGAGGGCUCGCACCAGAGCGGCUGCUCAGAGGAUCGCACGCCAGGUGCCAUGGCCAGGGCCAUCACUGUGCACGCGGAUACCAAGAAGGUCAUGUACUUUGCCUAAAAAGUAUCGCCCCUCCCCAAUACCAACACCAAAAAGCUAAAGAAUACAAAAUCAGUUUCGAAUUUCGAUUCGAAUAAGCAACUCCCCACUUCCUACCCUCAGAUCAGAAAGCGGAAAGCGAAUGAAAGCCAAGCAUAGAAGUUUAGAAUUAAGUUACGUUUUACGUUGAGAGAGCGCGGAUGGUUGGAAAACCCAACCAGAAUACGAAGAUCUUGCAUGCAUUAGUUUACAAACACGUACAUAUAUAGUAAGCAGAGGUAUGAAAAUCCCACAAAGACACACAAACAGCAUCCACACACUCAUCCACUCAUCCACACACACACACACAAAGCAGAUAGCCACACAGUGAGAAAUAAUAGAAAAUGUUAGCCAAUCGAAUGUCAGGCACAAGUUUGCGAAAUCAAAGAAAUGUGAGAAUUCUCAAAAACAAGCGUAGCAAACAAAUUGAAUGCAAAUAGGAAAUCAACUAAAGGGAACAAAAACUACGACAGCAACACCAACCAACACCAGAUAACAAAACAAAACAUAUAAAAAACGAAACCUAACAAAAAUGGAAGUGAAAUUAAGUGAAAAGUGAGCGUCAUCAGCACGAGAGAGAGAGACGAGUUUUGUAAUAGAAAUUACGAUUAAAUUGUACAAUAUAUUUUUACACGAUACGAAAUGAAGACAUGAUGAAUGAUAAUGAAUGAAUGCAUACAACCAAAGGUUUUUAGUAUACAAAAUGAAUACGUUGCUGAUCGACUCACACAGCAAACACCACAAGAACACCAACCACUCGGAUUCUCUGUACUGUGAACGAAGACCACCACCAAAAUAUAAACAAAAACCACAAGCGACAUUAAAGCGACAAGCAUUGAAAGAGUGUGUAGACACAACUUAGCAUGUACUAAUGAAAUACUUCAAUACUUCAACUAGGGCGCUGACAAAACCGAGCAAGAACAUUUAAUAGUUUGUAAGUUGGGCUCUACCAAAAACCAAACACAAAAAGAGAGAGAAAAAAAAAAUGCAAGUAAGGCCAGAUGAGUUAAGUGGGCGAUGAUGAAUAACGAGAACUGCAAUUUCAACAAGGGACAAACUUUUGGUCAAAACAAUAGCUAUACUUAUAGAGCAGAGCCUAGUAUAUACAUACAUACAUAACUAAGCCUAGAACUAACAUUUAAAGUUUUUACGAAACGAAAACCAAGCGGAUGAUGUAGAAUACUUAAAUUCAAAAGUGCAAAUAACACGGUAGCAGACACGUUACGUUGGCAGUGCUGAUAUUUUAUGUUAGUCCUUAGUUUACCCUUUUUUAUGCACCACACCACACAAUCAGACUCCGAACUUCUUCAACCCCCCUCGAGUCCAAGGCAUAUCACUCAAUGUCCUCUUAUUUAUGUACCUCCUACAAUAAGCCCUAUGAUAUAUUUAGUUGUACCUUAUAUACAUAUAUAUAUUUUUUUAAAACGAAUGCCUAACGAAAUUUGUUGAUUUCUUCAUGUUGAUGCUUCGAAUUGGCUACUUCGCUGCUUUUCGUUGUAAUAAUUUCGUAUUAAUUAACUUUAGAUCAAAGUGGUGUACGGGUAAUAUAAACAAGGUAACUCUUCUCCACCGUCCGCCGGAGGGAGGUGGCAACAACAUUUCAAUAUUUUACAAAGUAGUUUUAGUUUCGCCAAAAUCAACAAGCAAACAAGCAAACAAACAAUAUCAAUAUCAAUAUGAAACGUAUGCUUAGUAAUUGUACUAUAUCGAGGACACAGUUCAAGUUAACAUUAUAAUGAGUUGUUAUUUAUGCGGCGCGGGCGACGACGAUCUAUCCACUCGGAGUCUCCCGGGCCAAACCUAAUUUAUAAUUGUAUACAUCCUUCUUCACAGAACCUUUAAUUUAGAUUUAGUUUCCAAGUUUGCAAGCUGUUUUGCCAAUCGUACAUUAUGUGAGCAUUAUAAAAUACAUAAUAUAUAUAAAUCUAUAUGCUUAUAUUUAAUCAUUUACAGCACUUACAAAUUAGUUGGUAAUCCUCAAAAUAUAUGUAUAACGAAAGUGAACAGAACGGAAGGAAGGAGGUCGCAUGCGGUCCCUCAAAAUGUUGAAUCGAACUUUUAGAAAUCUCUUUGGAUUUGAAAUCAUAUGCCAACUUGUGGAACUUCACGAAUGAUUUCAAAUCCCUUGAUAUUUCACAAUUUGAUAUAUUAUUUUUAAAUCUGCAUACUCAAUGCCUGUUUUUAAACUUCUCGAUGUUAAUCAUUCAUUUGGUCAACUACUUCAAGUGCAAUGAUAUCUCUUGCGGAAAUUUUAAAACCAGAGUUAAUAUUUUAAGGUAUUCAGCUGCAGUUCUUUUUUUCUAAAUUUGACUAGUCCUUCCAACGAGGCUCAAUAUAGCUGAUAUUAAUAGCUUAUUAAUUAAUUAAUAUUAAUUGAUAAUGCGUUUAAAUGCGAUUAACAUUUUGUGGGGCUGUGCAAUCAAUGUGUGGGUGUAUUUGUUGACUUAUUCAUUUUCCAUUUGUUUUUCUAGUAACGUUUCUACACAAGGGAUUAAAAUUGUAAACUUAUUUCUUAACUUUUACUUAAAGCAACCCGAUGCAAAAAAAAAAACAAAAACAAAAUCCAACAAAAAAACGAAUCAAACAAUUUUAGUUUUAAGAAAAAACAAAAAACGAAAACGAAACAAUGCAAAGGAGUUCGCGAUUCGGGGCUCGAUUUUUGAGAUCGGCCAGAAAGAACCAACAUUUACAUUAUAUAUUCACUUAGUUUAAGCUGAAGCUGAAAUGUGUGCCGACAAUGAAUGCAUCUCGUAGUUGUAAAAUGAGCGAAAUAUUCAACAAUAAUUUACUUUACCACACAAUACAUGAGAAAGUCCAAAGCUUUAACUUACUCGCAAGAUGAAUGAAGCGGAAAUAUCGGUGGGAAAACCCUUAUCACUAAUGAAAAUGCCAAUAACAAGCUGCUAUCUCCUCCCAUCCAAGAAAAAUGGGCUGUAACAGUUGUCCCUAUAUACACGCGUAAACUUAUACAUAUAUAGUAAAGCUGGAUAACUCCGAUUUUCCCCCCUCAAGAACUCAAGAAAACUCACACACGCUACAAUUUCAAUGGUUUCUUCAGUGUCGUGCAGCUAAAUAAAUGGAAAACAAGUUGGAGGAGAAGAUUGGAGAUCGUGGAAGGCCUUAUCAUUUCCAAACUAUGUUCUGCUCAGAGGCAAGGCCCAAAUAAAAAGACAAAAAGCCGGGAUAUCCACAUGGGAACUUACAUUUUUAUCUGUCAAAAUUCAAUUGAGCUUUAAACUAAAGAUAGAUCGAGAAAAACGAAAAAAAAAAACAAAACAAGAAAAAAAAGGAAGUAAAAAACUUGAACAAAAAAGAAGAGAAGAGAUAAGUAAGAAAUAGAGAGAGGAAUCGCAUUGUUUCUACAUAUUACUUAUAAAUGUGCCGUUUAUAGAUGUCUACAAUUAUAUACAACAAAUAUAGAUAUAUACCUAGAUAUAUAAUCAGAUCGAAAUCGAAGCUAGAACAGCAAUUUGCACAACUCUUCCUAAAGGAAAUAAAAAGAAUAAAUACAAAUCUAAAUCUAACUAACGAUUAAAUUACAUAUAUGCCACAAUUACCGAGAUUUCAAGAAGUGACGGACUAACUCCAAGCAAUUAAAACGUUAUAUUUGAAUAACUUAUGAACUUAUGAUACCAUAUAUGUAUGUGUGUACUCUAUACUCUUCCAACUAGACCCAGAGUCCCACUCGAACCCGGACCACAUGCGCGAUCCACAUAGCCAUUAGCCCACAAACACAAACACAAACACACGAUCCACACAAUCCACUCUCGACUUAGUGUUCCAAAUGCGCAUCGGAUCAGAUCGGAUAACCAACCCUUAGCUGAAAUUCGACUAGCAAAAUCAAUACGUUAGUAACACUUAUUCGUGCGUUAAGAUUAGGGAGAUCAUCUGGUACAUACCUUACUUUAAAAAUCAACCAAAAUGCCGGGUAAUUAAUCAAUAAAAUACAUAUUAUUAGUUCUAAUCUAAGAGGAAAAAAAA